AUGACAGCACCGUCACAAACAAAGUCGCAGUUAAAAUUACCCGAACCUCAUCACUAUGGAAAUGAGCCGAUCGAGUUCGGCUUUCGAGUGGGUAACCUCUUCAUUCUUGACAUUACACCUAAAAUGUUUACAAAAAAUGAGUUUGACGUUACUUAUUUUCAUCAAUGUCUUGAUACUUACUUAAACGUCUUGAAAAAAAAGCUAUCAGCGAAUUCCGAAGAUUGGAUGGGUCUGAUAUUAUGUAAUGUAAAAAAAGAUCUAUUGGCAGAUGAAUAUCCGCCAGAUGAUGAAAAUGAUCCUGAGCCGAAAAAUGUAUUGACACUCCAAAAAUUUCAACCUGUUGAACGGGAAAUGUUUAUGGAUAUCGCAAAAAUACGCAACGGAGAUAUUGAUCGCUUCAAACAGUUAUGUACUGAUGAUUAUUCAAUAUCUGAGGCCUUUCUUCACGCGACUCGAACUUACAACAGAGUAAAAAAAAUAAUGGCGUCUCGUAAAGUGUAUUUUUUAACUUGCGAGGACGACCCGGAGCCAUCCGACCCCCAGGAGCUUACUAGCAUCCGAAUAAACGCGAAAAAUUUUAAGGACCUCGCUAUAAGACUCCACGUGAUUGGCUUAGGCGACCAGUGGAAGUACGACCUCUUCUUCAAAGAAAUAGAAGAAAUAUCUGAGAAUCUUGCAGCUAGGCAAUUCCGCCGAGUUGAUUUAAACGAACUGGAAGAUAAUAUCACCCACAAAUCUUUCGUCGCUGCCAAUUUACAUUUAAGGAUCCAAUCCUUAAAAAUUAAAGUGACCAUCCAAGCAUUUUCCAGACCACCAAGACCAAUGACUAAAAUUACUGCCAGCAAAGCUACUAAUGAACCGCUGGACAAGUAUACUUGGUGGACAUUCGAUGACAUGUUUGAUGACGAGGACAAUAACGGAGAAGAAGUUAGGUUUGCGCAAAAUCCUUACGACAUAAAACGCGCUCAGAAUUACGGCGGGAGAAAAAUUCUGUUCACUCCAGAAGAAGUCAGGGGACUACGUCAUGUCCAUGAGCAAGGAAUUGAUCUUUUAGGGUUCAAACCGAUGCCAGAGCGUGGUCCUAUGGAGCAAAUAAGCAACCCGUAUUUCCUUGGGUGUAAUAGUCAAGCCAGUAAAGGACAAAUUGAGUUCUUUGCUGUCCUGCUAUCGAAAAUGGUCGAGAAAAAGCUUAUGGCAGUCUGCUGCAUUACCACCAGAAAAUUGGCACCUCCUAGAUUGGCUUAUUUGAUACCUUAUGUUGAGUACGGUGGCUUUUAUCUCUUCCGCAUUCCGUUUAAGCACGAGGCGAGGGACAUUGAUGAAUUAACGGAGAAAUAUUUUUUCGAUGAAGAAAACCCGGCGCCGAUAAACGAGGAGAAGCUGGGACUGAUGAAAAAUCUUGUUAAAAAAUUGAGUGUCAAGUAUGAUGUUACAAUGUUCCAAAAUCCUAAAUCUCAGAGACAACAAAUUGUUUUAGAGAACUUAGCUCUGGAUUUACCACCGCAGGAGCUACCGGCUGAUACUACGGUUCCUUCUGUGGAGGACAUUACCGAUCGUCUCAGUCAGGGGAACCUUUAUGACCGGUUACAAAAUGUAAUUUGUCCUAAUGUCCAGAUUGUACCUCCUGCUAAAGUUAUCAGGGCCGAUGAUGAGUAUGUUAAGGAAGUUUUGGAGGCUGGAGACUUUGCCAGACUUACUAAUGAUAAGUUAAAAGCGGUUCUCAGAGCUCUCAACUUAAGCAUUCAGGGAAAAAAACAAGAUUUUGUUAACAGGCUUCAAGAGUACAAAGCUACGAACUUAUAA